AAGAAUAGUACAAGCAUUGCGAUUACAGAUACAAAAUUAUCAGAAAGCUGUUCUGAAGUACAAGUAGUUACAAUUGUCAGAUUUAAGUUUAUGUAGACUGACAUUAAUUAUUUGAUCGUUAUAAUAACAACAGGAAAACUCAUUCAUAACAAAUUAAAUUCAUCAAGUAUAAUUAAUUCUGACAGAGAAUGUAAACAACAAAAAAAAAUAAUAAUAAUAACAAGAUAUUUGAUUUAAAUUUGUGUAUUUAAAAACUAAUGUUACACGACUCGAAAUAUAUGAAAAGUAUCUUAAUCGUCGAACAUAUGGUAAACUAAACAUGAAAAACCGUUCGAGGAUGCUAUAAAUAAGCGAAACUAUACAUAACAUAACAUACCUGUAAGAUGGAAUCCUGGGACGAUGAGCCAACUGCACCAUGCAACGGUACAUGUCCAUCUUACGGCUUGCUCUGAUGCUUGGCUUUCGUUUACCUUGAAACAUAGCAGAACACCGGAAAUUCAGAUGACGAUUUCACAACCAACACUUCCGUUAGCGACAAACAUGGCGAAGCACAGCGUGCUUGGUUUCAACGUUGUUCGUGUUAAAAUAACAGAAGACAGUGAAGUUAUUCGACAUCUUUUUAUUAAACCUCAUUCUACAAGAGACGCAGAUCCCCAACGACCAAAAGAUAGAACCUUGUUUGUCAUCAAUAUUCCUCCAUAUGUGAAUAAAAAAUGCUUGGAGAACUUUUUCUUAAAAUGUGGUAAAAUAGAAAAUAUCUACUUGUGCAACAAACCAACAACUGAUCCAGUUGGUGUGGAGGUGUCAAAAUACUUACCAAAUACAGAGCCUUUAAUGUGUUACAAAGUGGCAUAUGUUGUCUUCAAAAAUGAAAACGGUGUAACAAAAGCUAUGAAGAUAUUUAAAGAUAAUGUGGGAAUCUUAAUAAAAGAAAAGGAGUACCUUACACAGAACACUGGAGUUAAAAAGUGGUGCAAAGAUUAUGCUAGCAAUAGUGAAAACAUUGAAGUGGUGAAGAAAGAACUGGAUGAUUAUUUUAAAGAGUAUGAUGAAAAACAGGAAUUGGAAAAACAGAACUUAAAACGGAAAACAGAAGACACUGAUGCAGAAGGCUGGAUGAAAGUCACAAAGCUGUCUAAAGUAAAAGCUAAUCAAAAUAAGGCUUCAAGAUACAUCAAAAGAAAACAAAAGAAGAAUAGAAAUGAAAAGCACUUAUUAGAUUUUUACACUUUUCAAAUGAAAGAAACUCAACAAAAUCGAUUACAAGAAUUGCGGAAAAAAUUUGAAGAAGACAAACAGAAGAUAGCUUUAAUGAAAGCAGCCCGGAAAUUCAAACCCUUCUAGAAUAAAUUAUUAUUUUUUUAUAAAAAU